AUGGUUCAAAUGAUUACAGUGAUUAUCAGCCAGUGGGACCAAUUCACAGCACAAGUGAAGGAAAUUGCAUCAACCAAGCCUUAUAUGAUUUCAAGUGGUAAUCAUGAGCGGGAUUGGCCGAAUACGGGUUCCUACUAUGAUGAAACCGCUUCAGGUGGUGAAUGUGGUGUGCUGGCUGAGACCAUGUACUAUGUUCCAGCUGAGAACCGAGCUAAGUUUUGGUACAAGACAGAUUACGGUAUGUUCCGUUUCUGCAUAGCUGACAGUGAACAUGACUGGACAGAGGGAUCAGAACAGUACAAGUUCAUUGAGGAAUGCCUUGCAUCAGCAGAUAGACAGAAACAACCUUGGUUGAUUUUCUCAGCUCAUCGUGUCCUUGGAUAUUCCUCUGAUUACUGGUAUGCUCAGAAAGACUUUGAAGAGCCCAAUGGAAGAGAAAGCUUAGAGAAACUUUGGAAAAAAUACAAGGUCGAUAUUGCAUUUUUUGGUCAUACACAUAACUAUGAGAGGUCAUGCCCCAUCUACAAGAAACAAUGCACAAGUAACGAACAGCAUCAUUAUUCAGGCACCGUGAAUGGAACAAUCCACGUCAUUGUUGGAGGAGGAGGGAGUCACUUAUCGAAGUUCAGCCAAGUGCAACCCAAUUGGAGUAUUUACAGAGAUUAUGACUUUGGAUUUGUGAAAAUGACAGCCUUCAAUCACACAUCUCUCCUGGUGGAAUACAAGAAGAGCAGUGAUGGGGAAGUCUAUGAUUAUUUCACCAUUUCAAGGGAGUACAAAGAUGUCUUAGCUUGUGUGUAUGAUGGUUGUGAACCAACCACUCAUUCUGCAGUCUGAAUUAUGUAAUUGAGAAAAAUUUUCAACUAUGUAUGAUGUUUAUCAGCAGAAGUUGAUCCGUUUCUAUGCAUCCAAUUACGUUGUAGAACAAUCUUGAGAUAAAUAAAAGUAUCUCUGAAUAAAAAAAUGUUCGUGAGUUGGCCAUUCUUGUGUACGUGUUUCUGGAAAAAUAUUAUCAGAAUGGCUCAAGAUUAAUGAUAAGACAGUUUUGAAACAAAUUCAGAUGCUUUCAACAGUGAAAACCUAAAGGAAAGAAAUUUACAAGAGUAGGUGAUGGAGAACGGAUUGCAACUUUCUUAUAGUUUUCAAUAAAAUGAGAUGGAAUUUCAGUAAUAGUAACCCAGUACACAACCACCAAGAGAAAUUUACCAUAUAAAAGCUGGUACACAACUGACCAAUUUCAGCAACGCUGAUGCUGCAACAUAAAAACUUAUAAAAAAAUAUAUAUAAUAAAUUACAAGCAAAACUAUACACAAAAUUGUAUCAGCACUAACAAUCCAGUAAAGAAAGUC